AUGGGGGGUGUCUGUCUCUCUAUCUAUCUGUCUGUCUCUCUCUCUCUAUCUGUCUGUCUCUCUAUCUAUCUGUCUGUCUCUCUGUGUGCAUAUUUCUUUCACUUGAGUCAACUCUCCAAAGUUUGGCAACAAAUUUUCUUCCUAACUUUGCAACGCUUUGUUUCACUGAAUAGUGUCAUUUCGAUCAUCAUCAUAAUGAAAAUCAUUGUCAUUUACCAAUGUUUUCGUGCCGGAAACAAUGCGUGCGCGUCAAAGAAACCGAAGAAUUCGCCAACCUCCUUCUUAAUGCCUGUCUAUCUGUUCUUUGUCGUUUUCGGCUUUGCGUUCCUUCGCCAUUCUGUUUGCAUUGUCCGCCAUCAACCAUCCCCAAUACAACACGACAUAGUUAUCUAUCUUUGUGGUCAUAUCUAUCUAUCUAUCUAUCUAUCUAUCUAUCUAUCUAUCUAUCUAUCUAUCUAUCUAUCUAUCUAUCCCAAUCUUUUCAUUAUCUAUCUAUCUAUCUAUCUAUCUAUCUAUCUAUCUAUCUAUCUAUCUAUCUAUCUAUCUAUCUAUCUAUCUAUCCCAAUCUUUUCAUCAUCUAUCUAUCUAUCUAUCUAUCUAUCUAUCUAUCUAUCUAUCUAUCUAUCUAUCUAUCUAUCUAUCUAUCCCAAUCUUUUCAUUUUCUAUCUAUCUAUCUAUCUAUCUAUCUAUCUAUCUAUCUAUCUAUCUAUCUAUCUAUUAACACAUCUAUCUAUCUAUCUAUCUAUCUAUCUAUCUAUCUAUCUAUCUAUCUAUCUAUCUAUAAAUCUAUCGGUCUCUCUAUCUCACAGUUUGUUCCUAUUUAUCUAUCUAUUUAUCUAUCUCCCAAUCUGUUUCUAUCUAUCUAUCUAUCUAUCUAUCUAUCUAUCUAUCUAUCUAUCUACUGACAAAAAUUUUAUCUAUCUAUCUAUCUAUCUAUCUUGGUCUGUUCAUAUUAUCUGUGUUCAGACAAAAGCGUGUUCCCGGCCAGCACUUAAGAACUCGUAUUUAGGCAACAGCAGCAAAGUGGCGCCGUCUGAAACCCCGCCGAAAGAUAUGGAGGUCCAGCGAAGGAAAAAGAAAAAACGAAAGAGCAAUUUUGCUGCCUGUGAAGUUUCGGCCAUUAUGGAGGGCAUUGGCAAGAGAAUGACCACCGUCAACGCCAAAUUCACGGACAGCGUGACCAACGCCAAGAAAAUGAAAGCAUGGCAAGAGAUAGCUGAAUUGGUCAACACCGUCUCCCCUGUUGGCCGGUCUGUGGAAGAGGUAAAAAAGAAAUGGGAAGAUAUGAAAACUCGGACAAAAAAAAGGGCCAUGGAGGUCCGAAGUGUUGGUUUACUGGGGGACGAUGAUUCGGCCCAGAUUCGCUCUUAUUUAACCGAAUAUGAACUAAGGGUUCUCUACUUAUUAGGAGAUGCAGCUGUUGGAGGGACACCACCAACCUCCAGCGGUAACCAGCAGUCAGGGGUUCAAGGGUCCGGUGGAGGCACCGGUGGGGCUGACAAUGAGGAAGAGGAGGAUAUGGUUCAAACUGCCCCCAAAGACAUGACCAUAGACCACCAGCAACAACAAGUAAGUAAACUUUUCAAAAUAUUCCGUUCUACCUGUUGCGGGGGUGGGGGAGACGUCUCUCUCUCUCUCUCUCUCUCUCUCUCUCUUUUUCUCAAUUCUUUUUUUCUUAGUGAUUUUUUUUUCUUUUUCGAUAUUAUAUAUGAUUUUGCAUUUACUUUUCUUGCAUGUUAUUCACGGUUUUUGCCUUUCUCUUUUUUGUGCAUUCUCUUUCUUUCUUUCUUUCUUUCUUUCUUUCUUUCUUUCUUUCUUCACACCAUCCCACCACACCCCUACCUUUUAUUUUGCAUUUGA